UCUCCUUUUUGUUUUACUUCAGGAGUGACGGCUGGGACGUGUGACGUUAAAGAUGAACCUCGAGAGGAGUCUUCAAAGGAACAUGCAAUCAUGGAAGUCAAAACGGAGCCUUAUAACGUUGCGAUCUUGACUGGACUGGACAAAAUGGGACACAACUGUGAUUCUACAUCAGAAGGAGUGACAGCUGGGAUGUGUCACGUUAAAGAAGAACCUCAAGAGGAAUCUUCAAAUGGACAUUGUAUCGUAGAAGUCAAGACAGAGCCUUACAAUGUUGCACUCUUGACAGAACAGGACCAGAUGGGAUACAGCUGUGACUCAACAUCAGAAGAUGCUCACAUGGGAGAGAAGGGUUCUGAAUGCAACAUCUACCCCUCUGCAUUCUCGUGGUCUAGAAGUGUGGAGGACCAAGUGGCGACGCAUGCUGACAACAGGGCAUACAAGGGCAAUGUCUGCCCUGCAGAGUUCAGCCUGAGCGGGAACACACAGCAGCACGAGCAGAUAGAUUCAUGGAAGAAUCCAUACAAGUGCGAUAUCUGCCCUGAGAAGUUCACCCGCAGUUGGCACCUACAGCAGCACAAGCGGACACACACAAUCAAGAAGACAUACAAGUGCGAUGUCUGCCCUGCGAAGUUCAGCCGCAGUUGGCACCUACAGCAGCACACGCGGACACACACAGGCGAGAAGCCAUACAAGUGCGAUAUCUGCCCUGCGAAGUUCAGCCGCAAUUGGUACCUACAGCAGCACAAGCGGACACACACAGGCGAGGAACCAUUCAAGUGCGAUGUUUGCCCUGCGAAGUUCAGUCAGAGCGGGCACCUACAGGUUCACAGGCGGACACACACGGGCGAGAAGCCAUACAAAUGCGAUGUCUGCCCUGCGGAGUUUAGCAGGGGCGGGAACCUAGAGCAGCACAAGUGGACACACACGGACGAGAAGCCAUACAAGUGCUGUCUCUGUCCUGCAGUGUUCAAACAGCGCGCAACCUUGUCACAUCACAAGCGAAAACAUACAGAAUAUCGCAACCAGGCACCAUGAGGUGAGAAGCCAUAAAUGAGCAUUCUCUAUUCUGCUGACCUGAGGCACAGCACAAAGCUGCAGUGUAACAAGAAGACCUACAUGGGUGUGAAGUCAUACAAAUGCAGCCUCUGUGCUGCAGAGUUCGUGUAGAGCAGGAACAUACAAAGUUAGAGAUGAAGCUGCUAGAGCUAGUUCAACCAGAGCAACAAACCUGUGGCUUAACCGACAUCACGCGUGCGGUGACUUUUUCGCCGGCAUGGCAUCACGAGGUACUGGGACUCAGCUGGGUGUGUUGUUUUGUGGUGUGGUGUGCGGGCGCCGGUAGUUUGGGUGGAGUAGAAAGAGACGCAGUAUGUUGAGGACUGUGAGAAAUGUAUUUAGCAAAAAGAAAGCCAGAAAAGUAGCCAAAAAAUAGCCAAGUAGCCAACUCCAUUUUUAACACGCCAGACGAAACCAAAAGUAGCCCAAUCUGGCAACCCUGGUCCUUGGCUGUCGCAUGUCCUUGACGCAGACACCUGAAGAAGCACAUGCUAAUGCACAUAUAGGAGAACGCUGUACCGAUGCGAUGAUUAUCCCACCGUAUUUUGGUUGUGUUGGACAUUUUGAAACUCUCACUCCUGAACAGGGCGAGGGUAAAAAGAGCUGGGUUGGGUGGUGACACAUGUGAAACAAACAAAAAAAAAACAUUGAAGGGACACUCAUACAGUGGCUGCGAACUGCCAACCAAGGUUUACUUCCAUGAACAGCAUGCAUUGUAUUGUUUCCCUUCUGCCUCUGUGUUCCUUUCUUUAUUCGUUUGCCUUUUAUUCCCUUCUAUUUAUUCCUGUUUAUUAUGACGAUGAAUGCUUCAUUUACUUGCAUCUCCUCAGCUGAAAACGUAAACGAAUAAAUCCACCCAGUGAAAUAAAAGAAAUAU